AUGAAAGGACUCCUGGCCUCCAUCACGGGCGUGGAGAUUUCUGCAGCUCCCCCCGCUUCCAAAGGGGCAUUUGGGGCUGGAGGGUGGGGAGUUUGUCCCUGCUGCCUGGCCCAGCGGGCUGCACUUUGCUCUCCUGCCUUCACCCCUGGGGCCCUGGCCCCGGCACCGCCCUGCAGGCUCGGGCGGCCCCGGGUCACGCGGCUGCAGAGCCCCUGCUCCAGGGUCGACGGCCCAUCGGCGGGGUCCCCACCCCUGUGCGGAGCAGUUUUCGGUGACAGCACCCUGGUGCUUAUCGGACCUGCUGUUGUGACACAGCUCAGGCAAGUGGGCCUGGCCAAGGUGGGCGGCUUCAGCCAGUGGUUCCCUAACAGGAAGGCCGUGGUGGGUUCACUUCAUCCAGCUGAGGUGGAGGCGUCCGUCAGGCCUCUGAGCAGAUGGCUCUGGGACGGUCCUCGGAAGGCCCAGGAGGCGGAGGACUUGCAAGGUGGCCCUCCAUCCAGCUGGCCCCGAGCAGGAGGCUCCCUGCUGAGCUUUGCUGACAUCCGUCCCAGGACCAGCAGCGAGCUGGGCUUUCCAGAUGCUUCCUGUGAAAUGACAGGCGUCAACAGAAGCUCAUGCUCUGAAGACAGGACUCCGAAAAAGACAUUCUCUGAGGUGCAAAAAGAGAGACGAGAACAGGCCCAGCGGACUGUGUUAAUCCACUGCCCAAAUAAAAUCAGCGAGAAGAAGUUUCUCAAGUACUUAUCCCAACAUGGAUCUGUUAACAACCACUUUUUCUAUGAAAGCUUUGGUCUUUACGCUGUUGUAGAAUUUAGUCAGAAGGAAAGUGUAGCUUCACUGCAGAAUGUAACUCGUACUCCAAGCCUGGGCAAAGAGGCUGCAAUUCCAUUCAGAUCACAUUACUUCAAUUUAAAGUUGAAAACUCCAUUAAACCAGACUUCUGAACAGUCAAGUGUUCAAUGUAGGAAUCAGUCUUCUCCUUCAAGCAAGAAGCUUUUUGAAUUACUUUGUUGUGCAGAAAGUGUAGAUGAUCAGCUCAAUACUCUCUUGAGGGAAUUCCAGCGAACAGAGGAGAACACCAAGCUCCGAUAUCUCACCUGCUCUCUUAUUGAAGAUGUAGCAGCUGCGUAUUUUCCGGACUGCACUGUUAGACCCUUUGGCUCUUCAGUGAACAGUUUUGGAAAAUUAGGAUGCGAUUUGGACAUGUUUUUGGAUCUAGAUGAAAUUGAAAAAUUUAGUACUCACAAGGCCUCAGGAAAUUUUCUGAUGGAAUUUCAAGUGAAAAAUGUCCCUUCAGAAAGAAUUGCAACACAGAAGAUCCUGUCUGUGAUAGGAGAAUGCCUUGACCACUUUGGCCCGGGCUGUGUGGGAGUACAGAAAAUACUAAAUGCUCGGUGUCCCCUUGUCAGGUUCUCACACCAGGCCUCUGGAUUUCAGUGUGAUUUGACUACUAACAAUAGGAUUGCCUUGAAGAGGUCUGAACUCCUUUAUAUAUAUGGUGCCCUGGACUCCCGAGUGAGAGCCUUGGUGUUCAGUAUCCGAUGCUGGGCUCGAGCACAUUCGUUAACGAGUAGUAUUCCUGGUGCUUGGAUUACAAAUUUCUCCCUUACCGUGAUGGUCAUCUUUUCUCCAGAGGAGAUCACCCCCUAUUCUUCCAACACUAGACUACCUAAAAACCCUUGCAGAUGCAGAAGAUAAGUGUAUAAUAGAGGCCGCAACUGUACAUUUGUUCGCAACUUGAAUAGAAUUAAACCUUCAGGAAACGCAGAAACACUAGAA